AUGCUGCGGUUCAUCCAGGAGGUGAACACCUCGACGCGGUCCUGUGCGCUCUGGGGCCUGCAGGGCGGCGCCGACUACACCGUGCAGGUCCAGUCCAUCAGCAUGUCGGGCAGCAGCCCGCCCAGCCACACGCUGCGCUUCAGGACCCCCAAAGAGGCCGAGACGCAGGCCUCUAAGGGCAAAGUGUUAGUCAUGCUUUUUGUUUUCUUCGGGCCGAACCUCUAUGACUACAGGAUGGAGUGGGAGCUUCAGAAAAGGCAGUACGUUUACUCCGUGACCAGUCACAUGACCGAAAACCAAGAUCUGUAA